AUAAAGAUGCCCUCCCGGGGAGGGAAGGGGAAACACUUACUUCUCCUGGAGCCAGUGUGAGUCAGCACGGCUGAUGGGCACAUUUGGAGCUUCCCAUCCAUCCCAGGUCCCCGCCAUGACCGCCUUCUACCCCGAGUGGGGUACAGAGGCCUUUGAGUAUGACGAGUCUGCAGAAGCCUGUUUUUUAGGGGACAUCGUGACCUUUGGGACUGUCUUUUUCUCCAUAUUCUACCCCAUUGUCUUUGCCUUUGGCCUGGUGGGGAACCUUCUGGUGGUGUGUGCCCUCAACCACAGCCGGAAGCCCAAGAGCAUCACGGACAUUUACCUCCUGAACCUGGCCUUAUCCGAUCUGCUCUUCGUGGCCACUUUGCCCUUCUGGACUUACUACGUGAUAACCGAACAAGGCUUCCACAAUGCCGUGUGCAAACUCACGACUGCUCUGUUCUUCAUCGGCUUCUUCGGAGGCAUGUUCUUCAUCACCAUCAUCAGCAUCGACAGGUUCAUGGCCAUUGUCCUGGCCGCCAACUCCAUGAACAACCGGACGGUGCAGCAUGGCAUCAUCACCAGCCUGGCCGUCUGGGCAGCAGCCAUCCUGGUGGCAGCGCCCCAGUUCAUGUUCACAAAGCAAACAGGAAACGAAUGUCUGGGUGACUACCCUGAGGUGCUCCAAGACAUCUGGCCUGUGCUGCGCAACAUAGAGUAUAAUGUCCUGGGCUUUUUGCUGCCCCUUCUCAUCAUGAGCUACUGCUACUUCAGAAUCAUCCACACCCUGUUUUCCUGCAAGAACCACAAGAAAGCCAGGGCCAUCAAACUCAUCUUACUGGUGGUCAUUGUCUUCAUCCUCUUCUGGACCCCCUACAAUGCCAUCAUUUUCCUGGAGAUCCUCAAGUUCUACGGCUUCUUUCCCAACUGUGACAUGAAAAGGGACCUGAGGUUGGCACUCACUGUCACUGAGACAGUGGCAUUUAGCCACUGUUGCCUCAAUCCCUUCAUCUAUGCUUUUGCUGGAGAGAAGUUCAGGAGAUACCUGCGCCACUUGUACAGGAAAUGCCUGGCUUCCCUAUGCGGCCGUUCGGUCCAUGUCAGUUUUUCCCCAUCUGAGUCUCAGAGGAGCAGGCAGGAAAGCAUUGUCAGCAGCAAUUUUACUAGCCAUACAAGUGACAGAGAUGCGUCCAUCCUUCUCUGAAGGGAUGCCCAUAGUCUUGUCUCCUCAGAGCCCACAGUUUGCAGAUCUGGCAGUGUUGGAUUUUGUUUCCUGAUGUUCAUGAAACAACCUUGAAGUGUUUCUGAAAACUGUUCAAAUUUACAAUGACUAAACCUAAACUUGUCUCCUUACUGCAAUUGUUAGGCCUUUUUCGUUGCUGUUGUUAAAUAAGUCAUGACCAUUAUAACCCAGAGUAGCUUUGUUAAAAUGGGGUGGUAUCGUUCACGUUGUGGUAUCGGCCAAGGGCUGGGUGAAUGGAAACUGUGGCUUGAAGGUAACUGCAGGCUGCUCUUCCCAGCCUGCUGAGUAGUGAGAAUCCCUCACCCACAGCUUCAGUACCAUGAAGGGAUCUCCUUCCUCCCUCCCCAGUCCAGGGAGGGUUCUCCCUGGCCAACAGGGAAGACAGGAGCUUCCCUGCCGAUCUCAUGGCUGGAGAUCCAGGAAGACACAUUUCUGGGAAGCUGGGAGGGGUGAUGCCAUUGCAAGCAGUCAGAAUGAGGGCUGCACAACAUCCCCACCACGAGCCUGCCCCAGCGUCUCCCCGACACAACGGUAGACAUCCUGGCAGGUGUUUCCACUCCUGCGUUUGCCCCUCCAGAUCUUGCUCAUCUUUUACUACUUGAGAGUUGCAGUCAGAUGGUGCAGUUUUGUAAAUCUGCUUCUUCUAAACAGCAGACCCCAAAAAGCUUUGUUUCCAUGUAGCUUUGCCACUUCUGUUCAGUCACAGACUUGGAGGGCAGGUGAAGUGUCUGAUUCAUGGCUGGGUGUCUGGCAGUCUGUGUGUGUGUUCAAUCAAUGGGGAAAUGAGGUAUUGUUUUCGAGAUCAUGCGCAAUAACUUACCCACUGUUGCUCUGUUGAUAAUAUCUCCCUCUACCCAGAAAUGGGAAGAAAACAUAGAAAGUUUGGAAACAAUGAUCACACCCACUUCUCCCUGACCCUCGAUCCUUCCGACCCUGAUCAACUAUGCAAACAUCAUCUAAAAUUUAAAAAAGUAAAAAAAAACCAAAAACCUCCAAAUACCAAUUUUGCUCCUAUGCAUGAUAUUUUUUGUACUCUGUAUAUUAGUUUAUCACAAAUCAGGAAAAUACACAAUACUCAUCUUUUUGGAUCUGGCUUAUUUCACUAAGCAUGUUUUCUAGUUGCAACUAUUUUGUUGCAGAAGACAGGACUUCAUUGUUUUUAGGAUUCAGUAGCAUUCCAUUGUGUACAUAUAUCACAAUGUCCUUUUCCAGCCAUCAGCUCAUGGACAUGUGGGCUGGUUCUGUAUCUUGGCGAUUGUGCGCUAAUUUGUUAGGCAUGAGCAUCUUGAACGGUAACUCCCAUGAUGUUAGUUUUAAGACACCUACAACAAUUUACAUUAAGCAAUAAAUAUUCUACUUAGGAUAACUUCGAAAUAAACAUUACAUCAUUUAA